GAUAGAUAUUCCCAUUGAAUAGACUAGGAAAUAUGCCUGAUUUUGUGAAAGAGAACGGGUUAGAGGCCAAUGAAGUGGUCUUGCAAGCAUCAAAAGAGGCUGAAUUGAGCAAAUCACAUUUUCUUAAUGAACAAGAACUGGAGAGGAAGACCCUAUAUGAACAACUUCAAGAGAGUAAAGAGAAAAAGCAAGAGGAGUAUGAAAGGGUUAUAGCAGCAAGAAACUCUUCUUAUAAGCUUGAUGAGAAGUCAGCCAAUUUUUAUGAAGAUUUGCGUCAACGAGACCUUGAACGUGAAAACAAAGCCAAAAUGGCAGAAAGAGUGGAACUAGAACAGUAUCGGGUAAUGAAAGACAAGGGUAAGGUGAAAAAAUCUGUCCAUAAGUCGAAUGAAAUCGUAGGCAGUAUAGGAUCUAAAGUUAAGAUUGUAUCUAGGUCGAAAUUGACAUCUAAAUCGAUCAAGAAAUCUACUGACGAAAUUAGGACUAUGAGUGAACAAAAAGAACAAGACGAAAAGAGUGAACAAAUAGAUUCUCAGAGUAAGGAUAAGGAUAAGAAUUUGAUUACCUCUACAAAGUCAGACUCGUCUCCUUCUCCUUCUGCACCUCGUCAAGCGGCUAUUCCUGGCCUUGGCGGAUAUUCCUCUAGUGAAGAGGAUUAGAGAAGUUACAUCCCGGGAAAAGGAAAAGGAGAAAGCAAAAAAAAUACAACGGUGUUUGAACACUUGGUUGACAGUUUGUUUACCUGAUCUACUCUUUGUCUCUCUA